AUGAUUAAGACUGAUACGUCAAGAACACUCUUUAACAAAUCAUCGGAAAAACCUAAACAAAAUUUAUUGUCGCCAUUAGGAACUAAAAUGAAAUAUAAAAGAAAUAUAUCUGAUGUCUCAGUUGAAAAUUAUGAUCCGCUACGGGAAGUGUUUUUGCCAGUAAGGAAUUUAAAAAAUGCUGAAAAUCUUUUAUCUUUUAAGCUAUAUUCAAAAAAGCAAAACAAAAUUCAAUUCAGGCAUCGAUUAGCUACAAACAUUUAUAAAAAAUAUAAAAUUAUUAGUGCUGAUUUAAGAAACCGAUUACAUGUCGAGGACCCAAGAAACGACUUAAUUACUGUUAAUGACAUUGAUGAAGAUUUCUACCGUAGUGUAGACGGACGCCCUGUACGACUUCAUAUUCCUGUUUUUAAAUCUUUAAAAGAGUCUUUAAAUAAAUUAUUACACAUAAAACAAGAAAUUGGAAUAAAAAAGGAUUGCUUUUUACAAAGCGAUACAAAUUACCGCAAUGAAAUGCGUGUAUUUGAAUUAGCUGUAAGAAGAUUAACCGAUCAUGUUAAAAGUUUUGAUAAAUUUAUAUCUGAAAACCAUCACAAGUCUAUGACAAUUUUAACGAAAUCGGACAAAUUAAAAAAUCAAGUUGAACUGCAGGUGCAGGAGUUACAGAACGUAGCGAUAGAAAAAUUUACUAUUAUAUCAAAAUUAAUUGGUUUGGAAUAUAAAUAUGGUCUACAGCAAAAAUAUGGUAGGUUUUUGUACUAUUUAUCACCACCAAGUUGGCGUUUAAGUAACAGAGACUUUGCCAGGUCUUGUGAAAUUGAAGCCAAAGGUUUUGAUUUUAUAAAUUCUAGUGAAGAUGACAACUUCGCUGUUAUAUUUGAAAGACUGCAACAAAUUUGUUAUGGGGUACCUAUUAAACCUGCCCUUUACUUUACUCGACCGAAGGAUCUAAUGGAUGUUUUUGAUGCCAUGGAGACGCAACAACUUCAUUAUUACACACACGUUCAUCAUUUGUCACCUUAUAUAAAAAUAUUAAAGGAUGGAAUAUUAUCUUUACAAGAUAUUAUUAUUCAAGAUUCUGCAUAUGUUGCGAGUUCUAUAAAGCGUUUUGAAGAUGUUUUACUGUUUUCAGAACAAAAAUGUGCUCACCUAGAAGCUAGGUUUUUCAAAAUUUUAUAUGGCCUGUUUUACAAAUGUGUCGCUGCAACAGAUGUCUUGAAGUUAACAAUACACUUGCAGUUCUGCUAUGAAAGAGUACUUCUAGAAAAACCUUUAAAUAUGGACCUACGAACAAUUGCGAGAAGUUUAGAAUUUUUUUACAUGGAUAUUUCCAAAAAAUUAGAUUCUAUUAAGAGUGAAGCUGUGAGACGUGCUGUAAUUAAGUGUAUGGAUACAGAGAAGUUAAAAAUUAGAAGAGCAAACAAUGCAGCCACUGAACUACGAUUAUUUCACAGAUUAGAACAAGAAUUACUUCGUUCUUAUGGAUUUUGUACUGCAAAUACGUACAAACCGAUAAAAUAUAAAACAUCAAAGAAUAGUAAUAAAUCACAACGCAUUGAAAAUAAUAUGAAAGAGCAAAAAAAGAAAUCUUUAACAGAAGCUGAGUUAGAAUAUUUAACACUCUUCACGGACUGGACCGAAAAUGACAAUCCCGCUGUCUUCUUAGAAAGUUUAAACCUUAAUGAUAAAAAUAGUAAGAACGAAUUUGUCGCCACGUAG